AUGGCGGAGUGGAAUGGCGUGCCAGCCGCGUUGUGUAUCAGCUACGCCCACACCACAAGACGAUGCCGUUUCGAGAGGCAGGCAGUCAGCGCCAGACCAUCGGAGCCACCGACCAGCCGGGCUAGGUCUCGUGUGGGAUGCUUGGUGCGGUUUUUUAUGACAAGGCCUGCAGUGCAUGUCCCCAACGCCCAUCUCAGUAAUCUCAGCCGGCCGGGCCUCACAGUCGCCAGUCUGAAAUCGUCCAGGCCCGGCUGCCGACUGGCGACUGGCCACCACCACCACUGCGCUAGGCUGUACGCAGCCCCCGCACGUUACUACUGUACCUCGCACGCCAUGCCAACUUUGUCAGCUCUCCAUCUCUCUCCCUCUCUCCUCCACCUCCUAUCAUCUCGCUCGUCCUUCCUCGUCGGCCUCAAUAGAGUUCUCCACGCCUGUGUGCGGAUAGGCGGCGGGCCCCUCCGUCUCGAUAUGGCACCGCGUUCCAGGGGGAUUUUCUCGCUUCCCUCCACGGACGGCGAAACGUUUCUCGCCCACACAGACACGCAGGCGAUACCCUUUUCCGACCUAGCACACGCCUGUGAUUGCUUUUCUGCCUUUGGCAAACCAUCUUCGCCCUUCCUUCAUCACCCACAGGCUAGACCGGGUGCGCCCACGACGCAGACGCUCUGGACCUUCGUGGCGCCCUUCUAG